UGGGGAGGUGGAACAUAGAGAGUCUGUACAAGCUCUCAAAGCACGGGGACAGACGGGAGCUAAUAUAAACGUGCUGCCCUUCACUCGGGGCUAUCAGGGGCUAAGAAAACAGCGCUACCUCUGUCACUGACCUCCGCAGCUUCAAAGGGGCAGCGGGACGCGCUGAGCUCCGGCCCAUGUGCAUCCGCCAGCGGUCAUGGCCACGCUGGAGGGCUGCCGCUGUCGAGGUGCCAGCGUCCGAAACAACAACAGCAUUCUCUACAGCAUUUUGAAAAGUGGUAACCUUGUGUCCGCCGAGGAGCAACAACAACAACAACAACAACAACAGCAACAACAGCACCAACAUCCCCAACAACAAACACUGCAACACUUGUUCCAGAAGACGCCCUCCUCCGCCCCGGCCUCGCUGCAGGAUCUCCGGCAGCAGGCUUGCUCAUGCGGCUCGACGCGGCGCCGUGGCAUCCUCCGCUCGCCGCAGGUGACGUGCAAAGCCGCGUCCGCGGUUCUGGUGAAGACGCUGCGGUUCGUGAAAAACGUGCCGUGUUUCCGAGAGCUCCCGGAGGACGACCAGCUGAUGCUCAUCCGGAGCGGCUGGGCGCCUCUGCUCGUCCUGGGACUCGCGCAGGACCGGGUGGACUUUGAGACCACAGAGACCGUGGAGCCGAGCAUGCUGCAGCGCAUCCUCACGGGUUUGCCGGACAGACAGGGCGAGGUUCUGGCCAGGCAGAGCGGCGGCGCAGCGGGGGUCUCGAUCGUGGACAUCGACGCCAUCAGAGCUUUCCUGAAGAAGUGCUGGAGUGUAGACAUCAGCACGAAGGAGUACGCGUAUCUGAAGGGAGCCGUUCUCUUCAACCCAGAUCUGCAGGGCUUGCGCUGCCUGCACUACAUCCAGUCGCUGCGUCGGGAGGCGCACCAGGCUCUGAACGAGCACGUCCGGCUCAUCCACCGCGAGGACACGACACGGUUCGCCAAGCUGCUCAUAGCCCUGUCCAUGUUGAGGACCAUCAGCCCGCCCGUGGUCGCCCAGCUCUUCUUCAGACCCGUCAUAGGCAGCGUCAACAUCGAGGAGGUGCUCAUGGAGAUGUUCUACGGGAAGUAGGUCACAGGUGCACCGUGGACUGAGACGAAUUCAGCAGGUUCAGCUGCCGAACUGACUGAAAUGCUCCAAGCUAUUUUUUUUUUCUUUUUGGGUAGGCGAUGAGAGAGGACAAGGAUGACAUUUGGGACUGAAUUUAAGACAACUGUGGACUGUGAAAUGACCAACACAAGCAAGUGUGUGUGUGUGUGUGUGUGUGUGCGCGUGUGCAUAUGAGAAUGAGAGAGAGAGAGAGAGAAUGUGUGUUGGGAGCAAGAAAGGUAUAAAAGAGGAAAAAUACAAAGCAGCUACUGGAAUUCAUAACUUAUUUGUUUUUACAUAAACUAUUUUUCUAUAACAAGAAUAAAAAGUACUGUUGUGUCUA